AUGGUGGUUGUAUUGCAUCAACGUGCGUCGGCGAUGGUUCUUGCAUGGGGUUAUUGUAUUUUGGCCGAGACAACUUUUUCUAACUUCACUCUGGAUAACGAAGUUCAAUCCAGCUUCAUCCAGCGCCGUCUGCGGAACCAGGAGCGCCGGGAGAUGCAGCGAGAAAUCCUCUCCAUCCUGGGGCUGCCCCACCGGCCCCGGCCGCACAUCUACACCAAACAAAACGCAGCCCCGAUGUUUAUGCUGAAUUUGUACAACGCUAUUUCCACGUAUGGACAACAGCCCGCCGGCUUCUCAUAUUAUAAACCCGUCUUCACUACCCAGGGACCCCCGAUGGUGACCCCCCAAGACAGCAGUUUCCUCAAUGACGCGGAUAUGGUGAUGAGCUUUGUCAAUAUUGGUAUAACGGAUGGUAGAGGCGGGUUACCCACUCGCCGACACAACAGGGAAUUCCGCUUUGACUUGUCCCGGAUCCCAGAGGGAGAAGCUGUCUCCGCUGCAGAGUUCCGAAUCUAUAAGGACUACAUCAGAGAACGCUCUGAGAAUGAGACCUUCCACGUGAGCGUGUACCAGGUGCUACAGGAGACCUCUGACAGUGACGACUACCUGUUUCUUCUGGACACGCGGGUGGUGUGGGCUGCAGAGGAGGGCUGGCUUGUGUUUGACAUCACGGCCACCAGUAACCAGUGGGUGGUGAACCCGGACCAGAACCUGGGCCUACAGCUGGCUCUGGAGAGUAUGGACGGUCAGAGUGUGAACCCCAGACUAGUGGGGCUGCUGGAGGGCAGUGGGCCCCAGGACAAGCAGCCCUUCAUGGUGGCCUUCUUCAAGGCAACCGAGGUUCGCCUCCGCAGCGUCCGUUCUGCCCACGGCCACAAGGGGCGCAACCCCAACCGCUCCAAAAAACCCAAGACUCCCCAGGAUGCACUGAAGGUUGCUGAGGCUGCAGCAGAGAACCUCAGCACAGACCCGAAACAGGGAUGUAAGAAGCAUGAGCUGUAUGUCAGCUUCAGAGAUCUGGGAUGGCAGGACUGGAUCAUUGCACCAGAGGGCUACGCAGCAUACUACUGCCAGGGUGAAUGUGCCUUUCCUCUGAACUCCUACAUGAACGCCACCAAUCAUGCCAUUGUGCAGACUCUGGUCCACUUCAUAAACCCAGAGACAGUGCCCAAACCCUGUUGUGCCCCCACCCAGCUCCAUGGCAUCUCAGUCCUCUACUUUGACGACAGCUCCAACGUCAUCCUGAAGAAGUACCGCAACAUGGUGGUCAGAACCUGCGGCUGUCACUGA